GUGAGCUCACACCCUGCACCAGCAAGGCAGGCUGCAGUGCGGACGGGGGUUAACUCACCAUUUUCAUCAUGACUACCCGAACAAGGGCACCGCCGCGGAUGACGGCUGCAUACGUGGAUCAGAUGAUGACACAACGACGAGCGGAGGAGCUGUAUCAGAACGAAUUGGCCAAAUACAACGAGGAAAACUCAAUGCUCACACACGCCGCGAACAACGAGCGAAGGUACGGCGCGGUUGCUAACGCAUCAGUGUGCAUGCGAACGCCGUGA